AUGCCUCCAAAGAACAAAGGAGGUGCUAAAGCCAAAGCACCCGAACCAGCGAAGCAAGAAUCUCCGAAACAACCCCAGACCAUCAAAGAGCUCGAGUGGCAGUGGUACUACGAGACGAAUCCUUACCAGAAGUCCUUCGAAGAGCUUGGUCUCCAUGGCAUGACCCCAGCUGAUCGACAAGCCUAUCUCAACCAAGAAUAUCUAAAACCGGGCGCUGCCAAGACCCUCUCCAACAAAGCACAAAAGGAACUGUGGAAGCAGCUAAACGAAGCCAACGUUCCUCUACGCAGCUUACCCCGGCCGCGCGAUCACCAGUGGGGCCGCGACAAGAACGGCCGCGACGUCGGCGAUUAUACCGUUGAGGAGUACGAAGCCCGCGAGGCGAAGAAGGUUAAGCUUCUAUUGCUUCUAGACGAAAGCUCAGCUUUUAAGGUCAAGCGCGCGAAAGCCGACGAAAACAACCCCGACAACGAGAAGACAUACACUUGCACUUGCACCGAAGGACGUAGAUGCUGA